AACAAAUAUAUAUUAUUUGGAUUUUUCACAUAUUGUUUAUUGCAUAGCAGUUCAGUUGUAUUUUCUUCAAGUUUUAGCAUUUGCAUGUGCUCUAGAAGUCCCAAACUGUUUAUAAACUCAAUAACCUCUGCCUAUAAGACCUGCCUCUGAACAUUGUCUCUAUUUUACCUGCUUAGAAAUAGAUUAGGAAUGUAUGGACUUGUAAAAUGAAACAUGACUUUUCAGAGCUGCAAUAUUUUGAUGGAGCAACACUGAACUGUUUAUGUAUUUAUUUGACCAGAAAGUAGUCACAUUUAAAUGUAGGCCUAGCCUAUAGGAUCUAAAAAUACAAUGUCUAAAAUUACAAAAACAAUGUUUAUUAAUGUCGAACUCCCGGCGGACUUAAAAUACGAUGGACAUGACAUGUCUUGGUUUGUAGAUGUUGAAAUGGUGAAAUGCAAAUUCUGAUUUAGGGUGGAUUUCAGGUUUGACAUUGAUAUCAGUAUAACAUUAAUAUUUACACUAUAACUGCUAUUGUGAAAAACGUACAAUUAACAAUAACAUGCUAUGCAUUAAGACAAUAGUCCAUUUUAAUGCACUUAUUUCACUAUUAUUAUUAUUAUUAUUAAAAAUCUGUUUUAUUCAGAUGUUUGGUCGUUCCUGAGUUUUACGACAGUAUCACAACCUUGAUUACGGCAGUAACUGACAGGCGAGCGGGGAAUUUGUAAACAGAGCUAGCAGUCCAGAGGUCGAUGUUGCUUCUCGGAAAGUUUUCAAUUAGCUAUGUUUAAGGGCUGGAAUUACAUUUUCUCUAUAUGUAAUUCAUUGGGAGUGGAGUUUUUCAACAGGUGUCACAAUUGUACCUCUUUGUAAAAGUUUCGGUUAGCCGCACGAUGGCUGUCGCUAGCUACGUUAGCUAACAUGCUAGCAGAGUGGAGAGACCUCAGCUGUGAGGCUGCCUGGAGGACCGGGGCUGCUUCACGUGAGACCGGCCAGGCAUGCUAGUACACCUCCUCGGGAGAUCUUUGCUUCGACUUGGACUACAGCGGCUCGGGGUCCAACGGAGGUGUUUCUGUGCGGCGCAGAGUGUCCGGUGUCCGGCGGACACACCACAGCAGGCAGACAUGAACCGGAGCCGGGGUCAGAUCAAGCGGGUCCUCUGCGUAGCCGAGAAGAACGAUGCAGCCAAAGGCAUCUCAGGGAUCAUGUCCGGCGGCAACGCCAGGAGGAGAGAGGGGAUGUCAAAGUUUAACAAAAUCUAUGAGUAUGAAUAUCAUCUCUUUGGUCAGAAUGUGACCGUAUCAAUGACUUCAGUAUCAGGACAUUUACUGGCUAUGGACUUUAAAGCAGAGUACCAGAAAUGGCACAGUUGCAAUCCUGUGCUGUUAUUUGAUACUGAGGUUGAGAAGUACUGUCCAGAUAACAUGAAGCAAAUCAAGCGGACAUUAGAGAAAGAGGUGCGUCAGUGCCAGGCCUUAGUCAUCUGGACUGAUUGUGACAGAGAGGGAGAAAACAUUGGCUUUGAAAUCAUAGAUGUCUGCAAAGCAGUGAAACCCAAUUUACAAGUCUUUCGGGCAAAGUUUUCUGAGAUCACCCCCAACUCCAUUCGGAGAGCUUGUGAGACUCUAGUAGAUCCAAAUACUAAUGUUAGCGAUGCUGUCGAUGUCCGGCAGGAGCUGGACCUGCGAAUAGGUGCGUCCUUUACUCGAUUCCAGACGCUUCGCCUGCAGAAGAUCUUCCCACAGUCUCUGGCCAAUCAGCUGAUCUCAUACGGCAGCUGUCAGUUUCCCACUCUGGGCUUUGUGGUGGAGCGCUUCAAAGCCAUCCAGGCGUUCAUACCUGAGACUUUCUACAAGAUCAAAGUGCUGCACAAGGUGGAGGAGGACUCCGUAGAGUUCAGCUGGAAAAGAAACCGUCUCUUCAACCACACAGCUUGCCUGGUGCUCUACCAGAUCUGCAUGGAGGAUCCCAUAGCAACGGUCACCUCAGUAACCAGCAAACCCAAGAGCAAGUGGAGACCGCUGCCUUUGGACACUGUGGAACUGGAGAAACUCGCAUCACGGAAGCUAAAAAUAAGCGCCAAGGAGACCAUGAAAAUUGCAGAAAAACUCUAUACCCAAGGGUUUAUCAGCUACCCGCGUACAGAGACAAACAUUUUCCCCGAAACUUUGGCUCUCGGCCCUCUGGUGGAGCAGCAGACACAAAGCCCGGUCUGGGGGACGUUCGCCCAGCGGGUGAUGGACCAGCCUGGGGGUCCCAACCCACGACAGGGCAAGAAAUCUGACCAAGCCCAUCCCCCCAUACACCCCACCAAGUACACCAAUGCACUGCAGGGCAAUGAAGGACGUGUGUAUGACUUCAUUGUCCGGCACUUCCUGGCUUGUGUAUCCCAAGAUGCUUUGGGGCAGGAGACUGUGGUGGACAUAAACAUCGCCCAGGAGAACUUCUCCGCCUCGGGACUCAUGAUCAUUGCAAGGAACUACCUGGACGUGUAUCCGUUUGAAAGGUGGAGCACUAAGGUGAUUCCAGUGUAUGAGCAAGGCUCCCAGUUCCAGCCCUCUGCUAUCGAGAUGAUGGACGGACAGACGAGUCCUCCGCAGCUGCUCACUGAAGCCGACCUCAUAUCACUGAUGGAGAAGCACGGCAUCGGCACUGAUGCAACCCAUGCAGACCACAUCGAGACCAUAAAGAGUCGCAUGUACGUGGGCUUAACAGCUGACCAGAGGUUUCUGCCUGGAGAGCUCGGCAUGGGACUGGUGGAGGGUUACAACUCCAUGGGCUAUGAGAUGUCCAAACCAAACCUGCGUGCUGAGUUGGAGGCGGACCUCAAGCUGGUAUCAGAGGGCAGGAAGGACAAACGGAGCGUGCUGCAGAACCACAUCCAGAAAUACAAAACCGUCUUCAUUGAGUCCGUCAGGAAGGCCAAGAAGUUAGACGAAGCUCUGUCGCCAUAUCUGGGUGCAGCUCAGGUGAUCACUGAAGCAGGGCAGCAGGACAUGGAGAUCCCGCUGCCAGUCAGGAAGUGCCCUCAGUGCAGUCGGGACAUGUUGCUGAAGAAGAAGAGGGAGGGAAACAGUAAGUACCUGUCCUGCACAGGCUACCCAGACUGUAAGACAGCAGUGUGGUUCCCCGACACGGUGCUGGAGGUCAGCAGAGACGACAGCAUUUGUCCCACCUGUCAGCCGCGCCCUGUUCACCAGUUGAGGUUCAAGUUUCGUCGGGGCAGCCUCCCUCCCAUGAUGCCUUUAGAAUUUGUUGGCUGCAUCGGUGGAUGUGACGAGAUGCUCAGAGAGGUGCUGGACCUGAAGUACCUCCGAGCGGGAGGAGUUGGGGGAGAUGGAGGAAGCGGGGGAGAUGAGAGGAGGGGUGGUAGAGGCGGAGGAGAGGAUCCUCGUCCACCAGCUCCAAGGCCCCCCAGACCAGAGCCACCCAGAGCCCAAAGUUCAAAUCCUCGACCUUCCCUUCCUCCUGUCCCCUCCUGGGCCCCGCAGCCACGACCUCCAGCAGGUGUAGACACCAACAAUGAUGCCAUUGUGUGUAACUGUGGUCAGGACGCACUCCUCCUGACCGUGCGCAAAGACGGUCCCAACCAAGGCCGUCAGUUCUACAAGUGCAACGCUGGGAGCUGCAACUUCUUUCUGUGGGCGGAUGAGCCGAGUCAGCAGGGGGCGCCGCAGGGUCCAGGGCCUCCGCUGCAAGCACAACCAAGGCCCUCUCUGGGGUUCAGUAACAUCACUGGAAGAGGCAGAGGGCAGGGCGCGGCGGGUGCAGAAGGACAAAUGGGACAGAUAAUGUGUAACUGUAAUGAGACAGCGGUGAUGCUCACGGUGCAGAAGGACGGUCCAAACAAGGGCCGGAGGUUCCACACCUGCGGGAAACCAAGAGACCAGCAGUGCGGCUUCUUCCAAUGGACUGAUGAGAACGAUCCUCCACCAGGCAAGGUGGGUUUGGUAGCAGGAUUUAACGGCGGUGGAGACACAGGGAAGAAAGGAAAGAAGAUCGGGGGAGAUGCCACCGCUAACAAACCUCCAACUGCUAAGAAACCUCGCACCUGCGGCAUCUGCCACAUGCCGGGACACACUCGAGUCACCUGUCCCCAGCGGUGAUCGCUGCUUUAAAGACACUGCGUGGAAAAGUCUCUGUCUCCAAAAAGUGUGGAUUCAGGUUUUAUUUUUUCAAAUAUGCAGCAACUCAGAUUGUAAGAACCUCUUCACGGGAGGGGACCUCGUCUUCUCUUGUGAUUUCCCAAAAAUGUUUUCCUUUACAGCAUUGUGCAUCAUUCUUAAACGGCCUCAGUUUGAAACUGUCUGAACUCUCGUGCUGCUGGUAGAAAAGAGGAGGGCGUUGAGAAGCUGAGCCGAUUCUAAAGCUGGGCGGUGCUUGUUACCGCAGUUACCUGAAGGGGCUCAACAGUUAAUGGGAAGUUUGCUCAACUGGUCUCGGAUCAAAUGCAUCCCCCCGUCUUCCCCCGUCUUUAUCUGUAUUCACACUUUACAAUCCUGAUCAGUUUGAGGACGGUGAUUCUGACACAGAAGCCCCGCUGUGUUUUAAUGAAUAAAUGUGUGUUUUAAGAAAACGUAUUUGCACACAGCUUCUUAAUAAUUAAUAGUGUGUACUAAUGUUUACUUUCCAUCAUUGUAACCAUCACUAAGCGUCCUAACAGAGGCCAGGUAUUUUACUUGUGUUGAUUCUUCAAGGUUGUUGAAUCUGCAAAAUAUGUUUUACAUUGUAAAUAUAAUGAGUGCAAAAGACUUGUGCUCUCUGUAGCCUGAGGAAUCGUCAGUAUCACAGAUUUAUAUUUUAAUAUUGAUGAAUGCUAAACAGACAAAAACCUUCCAUGGUUAUUUAUAUAUUUUGAGUCAUGGCAGAGGUUGAUGGCAGAGGUUGGUGUUACAAAUUUCGGUCUUUUGUAUUUUUCUCUGGGUUCCACUGAGUUAAUUUUUUUGAGUGUUCAACUUUCAAGCUAAACUUAUUUCUUACUGUACACAAUAACGAGUAUAUUUAUACAAUCCUUUAUACUUAAUGUAUUUUGCUAAGUGUAUUCAGAUUCAAAUGACUGUUAUGCUACAUUACAUCAUUGACUAAAGAGUUUAGUUUAGUUGGCGCAAAAAGUGCUGAUACGAUCUUAUUUCCUGUCCUGACCAGUGGUGGAAGAAGUACGAAGAUCCUUUAAGUAAAGGUUGCAGCACCAACACUGUAGAAAUAUAAAUAAAUGAAUGACUAUGUAUUUUAUAUAGAUAUAUAUCUAUAUAGUUAUACAUGAAAAUGCUUAUAAUUA